UUUGAUCAGCCCUCUCAUCUACCGGGAAUAUGGAAUCCCAAUCGUGUAGAGGCGCUGGGGUGACCUAUAUAUUGAGGCGCUUAGACCCAUGACAUGUCGCGUUUCUGUUUUUUGUUUUCUUUUUCUCUUUUUUGCAUAUUUGCGUGUCAUCUCAGUCACUCUUUGUCCAGGGCCAGACGCUCAUCUCUACAGGUCAAUCACACUCAUUUCUGCUUGAACAAGCUGUGCUUGUGCUUGCGCCUGUCUUUUCCGACCUAUUCUCACUCAGUCAUUCGUUCUGAUACCACCAUCAACUGUCUUCGGACCUCGUCGCCAUAUCCGGCUCUGCAAGAACUGAAGAAGAGACGAAUAUCACACUCUUUUAUCACACUAUAUUCUUCAGGAACUUUUACCGUCAAACAAUUACGGGCUUCCCUUGAUAUCCUUCACUUUUCUCUGGAGGAAACACGAUACACCGGCUCAAGGAGAUUAUCCAUCAUACACGGUCACGAUGCGGCUUCUCUAUUCUCUCUGUUUGCUUCUGCUUCCACUCCUUGCUCUGGCGCAGGACGAAAAUACGACUGUUACUACUACUGAACUCUCGACGUCUACUACUACAAUUACGCGGACCCUCAGCUUGCUCUUCAAGUAUCCAGAGAUUACAGAGCCUGCCAAAAAAAUCGUGGCUGUGAACGAAACUACCACCUUGCCAUUGGCGACCGAUACUGAUUCUCUCGUACAAGCCACGGGAUCAGCAUUAAAGUCUUCGGCUUCUGCUUCGCUGCACACGAUUACCACCAAGGGAACCAGUUCAUCCUCAACCAGCGAAGCAUCUGCUUCGGCCACUCAAGCAGCACAUCAAGGUGCUAGUUCUCAUGUGGAUUGUCCUACUAUGGCGCUUCUAGUCAUCUCUCUAGCUAUGUUUACCGCCAUUAUGUCUUGAUUAUAGUGGCAAUAUUCCAAAAUUUUACACUUUAAUUCUUUCCCCCCUUCCCCUCUUCCCUGUGCCUGUUUUGGAGUUGUACGAUGGCGAAGAGCGAUUGGAGUUUGUUCGCAAUGCAGCGAAGAUGUGGCGAAAUUAUUGUGUAAUCAGGCCAUGAUUUACGCUCGUUGAAUGCUUUUGGUUGGCUUUUUUGUCUUUGGUUUCUUUGUUUAUCACUUUCUACUUGGGGGCGCGAAAUUUGGAGUUGGUGGAGGGUUGGAGUCACGGGAGGAAGCGGUCUGCCCGAUA